GCCAGUUGCCACCCUGGGAGAAGACUGACGCGGGUUUGUGAGAGAGGAAAAAGUUUUAGAUGUGAUUUGAUCAGAUUCUCAAAGACUUUUUUGCGAGUCUCUGGAGGAUCCUUAUCGCUUCUCUCUCUCUCUCUCUCUCUCUCUCUCUCUCUGGCUUGACCUCACGUCGUCAUCCAAUUAAUCAGAUCCGUGAGAAAAAUGGCGCCGAAGUACGAUAUGGAGAAGAUGGAGCUCCGUAAGAACUUCCGUAACGUUUGGCAUACCGAUCUCUCCCACAGUAUCCAAAACGACACUCCCUAUUGCUGCUUUGCAUUGUGGUGUGCUCCUUGUGCAUCAUAUUUGCUUCGCAAGCGUGCUCUUUACAAUGACAUGUCAAGGUACAUUUGUUGCGCUGGUUACAUGCCUUGUAGCGGUCGCUGUGGAGAAACCAAAUGUCCUCAAUUUUGUCUUGCCACUGAGGUCUUCUGCUGCUUUGGAACGUCCGUGGCCUCGACUCGUUUUCUUCUGCAAGAUGAGUUCCAAAUUCAGACGACGCAAUGUGAUAACUGCAUCAUUGGUUUCAUGGUUUGCCUCAGCCAAGUGGCUUGCAUAUUCUCCAUAGUUGCAUGUAUUGUCGGUAUUGAUGAGCUUUCAGAAGCUUCACAGUUGCUCUCUUGUUUAGCAGACAUGGUGUACUGCACAGUUUGCGCAUGUAUGCAGACACAACACAAGAUGGAAAUGGACAAGAGAGACGGUAAGUUCGGCCCACAGCCAAUGGCAGUGCCUCCGCCUCAGCAAAUGUCACGGUUUGAUCAAGCCAUCCCACCCACAGUCGGUUACCCUCCACAACAAGGUUAUCCACCUUCUGGUUAUCCUCAACACCCUUCACAACAAGGUUAUCCUCAACACCCUCCACAAGGUUAUCCACCUUCUGGCUAUCCUCAACUCCCACCUCAACCAGGUUAUUCUCAAUACCCUCCAGCGGCUUAUCCUCCUCCCGCUUACCCGAAGUAAAUCACUCUUUGCCUGGUUUCUAUACCGACUUGGAAUUUAAAUUUUCAUCUUUUCUUGAUUCACUUUCACGUCGUUAAUAUAUAUGUUCACUUUCUGGUCAAGCGUUGAACGUUCGCUGAUUGUUUUGAGGUCGUUGUUUGUAUGAGAUUUUUGACCUCACACGUUGCUGUUGUUGUUUUCUGAAACGUCCCUCUUGGAUUUUUCCUUAUGAAUUAUCUCUUUUUCUAAAGUUGAGUAAAGUGCAUUUUUUUGCGAA